UUCGGUCAGCGGGUGUUGGGGGCGAUGGGUUGGAUAAUCGCCUUUUUCGUCGCCUGCUCCACGUGUGGCUACGUCAACGGAGUUAUCUUCGUCAACUCUCGCAUGGUGUACUCUGGGGCUCGAGAGGGUCACUUUCCACACUUCCUGUCCUUUAUACAGGUGGACAGAUGUACACCCAUCCCUGCCGUCAUGUUUACAGUGAUAUUGCCGCUAGUGAUGCUUAUGGCUCCUGACGUUGGGUGGCUCCUGACCUACUCCGUCUUCGUCAGCAGUUUCGUCACCCUCGCCCCCGUGUUGGGUCUCUUGUGGCUUCGCUAUAAGGAACCCGACAAACCCAGACCCAUUAAGGUGUGGUUGGGGUUCCCGAUACUGUACACGAUACUCGGGAUGUUCGUGGCAGUGUUUCCUGUGAUCACGAGGCCAGUGGAGAUCGCUUUCGCCCUGGUUGUCGUAAGCGCUGGUUUGUUUGUCUACUACGUCACCCUCAGGAAAGCCACCAAACCCAAACACUUCACACAAGCUCUAGAUAAAGUGAGCUAUGUUUGUCAGAUGGUGCUUAUGUGUACCCCAGAGACCUGUAAGGACGUCAAUCAUACAUUAACUGUGGAGGUUAUACAGGUGCCAGAGACCAUUGACGAAGAGAGGAACCAUUAGAAACCAAGUUAUAGUGAGUCGGAAACCAACUAUGGCAAGUCGCAUGCCAGUUAUAGUGAGAAUAACACUAAAAAAACAACUAUAUUAUCAGUCAGAAACCAGUUAUAUUGACGGUACCAUUAAAAAAAAACUAGGAAAAGACUGCAAUUGACCGACAUUUCUGUUUAAGCUGUUCAAUUUUAAUUAUUUUUAACAAAUAUUUUCUUGCAUUUUUUUUUUCUGGUUUUCAUUAUCUUCUUCAAACGUUUUAUUUUUUUCUGUCUUGGGGUAACGUUUCGUAGUUUACAGUUCCUCCAGAUCUCACCAAUAUUGUAUAGGUCACAGGGAGGCGAGGGUUAUGUAGUAGUUAAUUCCUUGUGUGGAAAAAGAUAAACACGGAACAUGUCUGGAGAUAAAUACAAAUAAAUUAUACCGUAGUUC